AUGAAUAAAUAUCAACGUUAUUUACUUUUAAGAAAAACAAAAUGGAAUGCCAUUAAAGAAAGCAGCACUAUUGCCGAACUUGAAAAAAAGGUUGAAAUAGACUUGAUAAAUAAUGAACUCUUACAAACAGAGGCGUUCAAAAAUUUGACUUUUGGAUUAAUCAACAUUUUUGGCAAAUUAAUUGAUGAUAAUUAUUCGAUUGAGAUGUCAAAUUCUUUCCAUGGAGAAACCUUACAGCUUAUAUCAAAAUUUUAUUAUAAUACUCUGAAAACUAAUGGCACGGAUUUUCUGCAGAAAGUGUGGAAACAAAGUGUAAAUGAAGGUGAUCAUGAGCACAAAGUGAUAACGGAUGAUGAUAAUUAUGAACAUGAUCCUCAUCGCGAAAAUAUGGCUUCUGACCUAGUUAAUAACUUUCUGCAAGAAGUAGGCGUUGAAGCAGAUCGUUUGGAGAAGAACAUGCAUAAUCAUAAGUUCACAGAUGCUUCUAAGAUGCAUGGAUCUCUUGAUAUGGUUGUCAAAUUAGAAGAUGACGAAGAUGGAAAAAAACAAAGUCUUGAAUUAUCUCAAAGUGAAGAAUCGAGUCACAGUUCUAACAAAGUAAUGAUGCUAGUUGAUCGUGACAAUAAUGAAUACAUUCUUAUGAGACCAAAUGAUUUGUCUAUGUUCUAUGAAGGUGAAAUUUAA